AUGUCCCUGGUUGAACAAGGCUCCAAGUCCACCGUCCGCGUCGCCGCCGUCCAGGCCGAGGGCGUCUACUUCGACCUGCAGGGCGCCGUCGACAAGACCUGCAAGCUCAUCGAGGAGGCCGCAAGUAAGGGCUGCGACCUUGUUGCAUUCCCCGAGGUCUGGAUUCCGAAUUACCCAGGCUGGAUAUGGCAACGGCCCAUCGACUUCGAUAUGGUAGGCGAGUACAUGAAGCACUCUCUCCGCCGCGACUCUGCAGAAAUGGACAAGAUCCGCAAGUGCGCAGCCACAAACAAGAUCGCGGUCAGCCUCGGAUACUCCGAGAACCACAACCACUCCCUGUACCUGUCGCAGUCCUUCAUCGGCAAGGACGGCGAGAUUAAGAUGCACCGCCGCAAGAUCAAGCCCACGCACGCUGAACGUACGAUCUAUGGAGAUGGCAGCGGCGCUUCGCUGCUGAAUGUCGUUGACGAGCCGGGCAUUGGCAAAGUCGGCGCCUUGUCCUGCUGGGAGCACUCCCAACCACUCCUCCGCUACCAUACUUACUCCCAGGGUGAGGAGAUUCAUGUCGCGGCUUGGCCGCCCAUGAACUACUACAACUCCUUCCCAGAGGGAACGGCGCUGUGGUCCCAGUGUCGAGAAGGCGCGCAUAACCUGUCGACCACCCACGCAAUCAAAGGAAACUGCUUCGUUAUCCUGUCCUCGUCGUUCUUCAGCCAGGAGGGAAUCGAGCGUAUGAAGCUCGGCGAUGGCAAGCUGUACCACAUCCCCGGUGGCGGCUGUGCUGCUAUCAUCGCGCCGGAUGGCCGUAAAUUGACGCAGGAUCUCGGCGAAGAGGAGGAGGGGUUGCUGAUUGCGGAUCUGGACCUGGACGAGAUCCUGAAGGUGAAGACUAUGUUGGAUGUGCACGGCCACUACAGUCGCCCUGAUCUUCUCUGGCUCGGGGUGGACUAUCGCGAGAAGAAGCAGGUGCGCCCGCACGGGCCGGAGCUGAGUGAAGCUUAA